AUGUUCAAAUUCAAAAAUAAAUUGAAGUUUGGUACUUCGUCCUCGGAAAAACAAGCCUCGUCUCAUACACCAACACCCACUCAGACACCACCACCUCCAGGUUCAGCAUCUUCUAGUAGUUCCACUCAUCAGAAUGGAGGCAACUCAUCUGAGAAUAACCAACCACCAAGGCAAUCUACUGAUUCUAGAAAUACAAUAUCUGCUAAUGAUUUAGCUGACGAUGUCUCGAAAUUAACGGUUAAUACUGAUGGAUCACCAGAAAAGGCAUCCACUUUGAAUAGUAAAAAUGAUCGUGAAUCUGCUUCUUCAUCUUCACAUCAACAAUCAUCUAGUACUGCCACUAGUACAACAGUUGCUGAUUCAAAUCAAAAUUCCAUGUUUAAUUCAUCUCCAACUUCAUCUCAAGCAACUUCAUCACAAGUUUCAAGUGGUUCAGAUCAACAACUGGGUCAUCCUGCAUCUCCCGGUUUGUUAACUGUGAAGAUUUAUGGAUCCCAAAAUGUUCAAUUACCUAUCAAGAUCAACAAUUCAAAACAAAUAUUGCAUGCAUUAGCAAUUAAUGCAAAUAAUGAAACAGUGGGACAAAAAUUGUUGAAAAGUUUAACUUCAUUGGAAAAAGAAAGCAAUGAUAUUGGUGAUUUUUUAUCUGGAGCAAUAGCAUCAAGCUUUCUUCCUUCAAUUAUAACCAUUCCAAAUGCUGAGAAUUUAGUCAAAUCUUUACUUUAUUUGACUAUAGAAUUUGAUAACAAUGUUUUGGUUAUUGAACCACAAAAGGGGACAGUCAACCAAUCUACUUGGAAUCAAGUUGUAUCAUUUGAUGUUUCUCAAAAAUCUCAACAAGAAAGUGGAGUAGGUUCUAAUUUCUUGAAUCUUAACUUGUUUAUAAGAUUGCCAAAUAUGUUGAUUCCGGAAAAUGAAAAGUCAAAUAAAAAACAUUUAUUUACUAAUUUCCAACAAGGACACCAAGGCGGAGAAUCCGGAGCUAAUAUUGGUGAUUUAUUGAUUGGUACUAUCAAGUUACCAUUGAAUUUGAAAUGUCAUACUCAACAAAUUAGAUUAAUGAAUCAUGAAUAUUUGAAAUUCUCCAACUAUAAUGCUAAUCUACAAGACCUGAUUUCUAAUGAUAUGGGUGAGAUCAUGCUUACCAUUGAAUUUAAACCAUUAACCAAGAAACGUCUUUCUAUUGAAGAUUUUGAUUUAUUAAAACUUCUUGGAAGAGGGUCAUUUGGUAAAGUUAUGCAAGUUGUCAAGAAGGACACCAAACAAAUUUAUGCGUUGAAGAUUAUUCGUAAACAACAUAUUGUUUCUCGACUGGAAGUUACUCAUACUUUAGCUGAAAGAACUGUUUUGGCAAGAAUCAACAAUCCAUUUAUUGUUCCAUUGAAAUUUUCAUUCCAAUCUCCAGAGAAAUUAUACUUGGUAUUAUCAUUUAUCAAUGGUGGUGAAUUAUUCUGGCAUUUACAACGUGAAGGUAAAUUUUCUAUGGAUAGAUCACGUUUCUAUAUUGCAGAAUUGUUAACUGCAUUAGAAAGUUUACAUGAAUUGAAUGUUAUUUAUCGUGAUGUUAAACCAGAGAAUAUUUUAUUGGAUUAUCAAGGUCAUAUUGCACUUUGUGAUUUUGGAUUAUGUAAAUUAAACAUGAGUAAUGAUGAUAAAACAAAUACAUUCUGUGGUACUCCUGAAUAUUUGGCACCUGAAUUAUUGUUGAACCAAGGAUACACUAGAAGUGUAGAUUGGUGGACUUUGGGGACAUUAUUGUAUGAAAUGCUUACUGGAUUACCACCAUUUUAUGACGAUGAUGUUCCAACAAUGUAUAAAAAGAUAUUACAAAAUACUUUAAGAUUUCCUACAUUUUUAGAAGGUACUGAUGCUCAAGAUUUAUUGAUUAAAUUAUUACAAAAGGAUCCAAGUUUAAGAUUAGAUGAAGCUUCUGAAAUUAAGAGUCAUCCAUUUUUCAAAGAUAUUGAUUGGAAUAAAUUGUUAAAUAAGAGUUAUUUACCACCAUUUAAACCAAAUGUUGAGAAUUUAUUAGAUACUUCGAAUUUUGAUCCUGAUUUCACUAAUGAAAAACCUCAAGAUUCAGUUGUCGAUGACUUUUUAACUGAAAGUGUUCAAAAACAAUUUGGUGGAUGGACUUAUAACGGUGAUAACGUUUUAUAG